AUGAGCUACUGUUCUCUGUCUCUACUCCUGGGUUCUCUGUUCAUCAUUGGGACUUCCUCUUAUCCUAAUGGUUCCUGUGAUGGCUACACGGCUCUGGAUGAGCCUCGACGUAACUUUCUCUUCAGCUCUUCCUCUUUCCCCGGCUACCCCAUCAAUACCGACAUAUGGCUAACAAACAUAUGGGUGCGCUACGUCGGGAUCGGAGGGGACACCGUCAUUCCACAAUGUGCUCCAGUCUAUUACAGCGGGGUGUAUUAUCCCAUCCAUCUGACCUUUACACAUCCUGAGUCUGAGUCUGAGACUCCAACAACGGGCAACGCGUGUGGAAACGCAGGUUCCUGCUGUAAUUACAAUGUAGCUAUUCAAGUGAUCUACUGCUCUUCUGGAGGAUUCUAUGUGUACAGGCAGAUGGCCAACCACCCAGUCUACUACAUGGGUUAUGUGACAUACCAUAGGAACUGUGUGGCAGACUCCUGUGGUCCCCUUGCAGAGUGUAGUACAACCAAAAAUGGAGGCUGUCAAUGUGUCUCUGGAUACAAGAUACCUCCAAAACAUCUACCCACAAACGAAUCCUACGGUUGCCAAGAUAUCAAUGAGUGUGAGGAGACCGCUAAUCUCUGCGGUCCGCAUUCCAACUGUACUAAUUUACCAGCAGUCUACAACUGUAGCUGUCUAGAGGGGUUUGCACCCUCAGACCCAGCCUUGGCACUCAACCCAACCCGCAACCCCUGCACAGAUGUGAAUGAGUGUGUGGAGAUUGAGAAGGUUUGUGGUGGUUUUGGUAAAUGUACAAACACACCAGGAAAUUACACCUGCACCUGUUACAAUGGAUACGAGCCUGACGGACCCUUCGACUGCCAAGAUGUUGACGAGUGUUUCAACUCAACCGUCUGUGGUCAGGAGUCUGUCUGUACCAACACACCAGGAGCCCACAACUGUACCUGUCUCCUAGGCUUCUCACCCAAAAACCCAGUCCUAGACCCCAGCAAGGCCAACCCCUGUAUAGACAUUGAUGAGUGUCUGAACAAAACCAUGUGUGGUCCCAAUGCCAACUGUACCAACUCUUAUGCAGCACACAGCUGUACCUGCCUCUUUGGUUACCUGCUCACCAGCCCAGAUGCCAUAGCCAGCCCCUUAAACCCAUGCCUAGACAUAGAUGAGUGUGCUAACACCCCUGGUCUAUGUGGUCUCCACUCUGUGUGUACCAAUGCACCAGGGACCUUCCACUGUUCCUGUGUGGAAGGAUACUUCUCCUCCACUGGAGUACUGUGGGAAACGGACGUCACUGUGUGUGAAAGUGUUGAUGACGUUCUAGCCGCCAUAGUUCCCCCAGAGGGCCAGUCUAAGGAGAUGUACUUCCUCAACCAGAUGAACCAACAGCUGAUGGAGAACCCUGACAUUGUCCUACCAGAGGGGAAGGUGUCAGGAGCUGGAACCAUCUCAGCGCAGCAGGCCAGUACAGGCCAGGUGUGGAGUGGGGCUGGAAAGGAUGGCGGGGAGUCUGCCAGUGUGGUCCUGAAGAUUUCAGAGCUCCUGGUGAAUGCCUUAGUGGACCCUUCUCAGGGCCGGGUCAACAAAACCAUACACACACCUGAGCUGGACAUUAGUCUGCAGGUAAUCGAGGCCAACAGUACAGACACCUCUUCCCUCUCAGCCAGGGGAAACACCAUGGACAUCAACCUAAAGGCUCUGGCCAGAAACAAUAAUGGUACAGCAUCAGCAGUAUUCCUGACAGUCCGUGGGAUGGAGAGCCUUCUCGGUGCUAGCUUCUUGCAGACAGAAAACCACACAGAGAUGUUGUCUGAUGUCAUCACCGCCACACUGCCCAAGAUCAACCACACCCAGCUCUCUGAGCCUGUCAACUUCACCAUGAGCCACAAGAGGAGGUUGGCUGAGCCUGGCCUGAUGACCUGUGUGUACUGGGAGGACAGAGGAAUGGAAUAUGAGAAUGGAACCGAGGGGAAGGGGAGACAUUGGUCAGUGAACGGCUGUUCGAUUGUGUUCUCUGAUGAGAACUACACAGUGUGCAGCUGCUCUCACCUCUCCACCUUUGCCCUCAUCAUGCAGACUGGGGAGACUGUGUCGGAGGACAAUCCCUUCCUAGAGUGGGUGAACAGAAUGUGUGUGAUCGUGGGCCUGGUCUUCUUUGCUCUGGCCAUCCUCACCUUCCUGCUGUGUAGCUGGAACCCUAAGAUCAACAACACAGCCCGCCUCCACCUCUGCCUCUGCCUCUUCCUGUCCCAUCUGAUGCUCCUAUUGGAUUACACCUACCUUACUCACAAGCUGGUGUGCUCCAUCAUGGCAGGUCUCCUCCACUUCCUGGUAGUGGCCAGUUUCCUGUGGAUGCUGCUGGAGGCGCUCCAGCUCUACCUGCUGGUCCAGAGACUCUCUAGGAUCCAGAUCAUCCAGAGGGAAGGCCUCCAGAAGAAAUACCUCUUCCUGAUUGGCUAUGGCAUCCCCCUGGUGAUCGUCGGUGUGUCUGCAGCUGUGAAACGUGACGGCUAUGGGGGAUCUAAAGUAUGCUGGCUGAAGCCAGAACAAUACUUUACCUGGGCUGUGUUAGGGCCAGUGUGUACUGUCCUAGCACUGAACUGGAUAUUGUUCUGCGUUACUAUCUGGAGUUUGAGACCUACCUUGGCUAACAUGAAGAGUGAUGUCUCACAGUCCAAAGACACCAGACUGAUCAUCUUUAAGAUCCUGGCACAGUUUGUGAUACUGGGUUGUACCUGGGUGCUGGGCUUUUUCCAGUCCACCAUGGUCUUCAAGUACCUCUUCAUCGUGCUCAACUCCCAGCAGGGCACCUUCCUCUACAUCGUUCACUGUCUCUUCAACAAGGAGGUACGUGAUGAGUACAGGAAGUGGCUGGGCUGUUCUUCCAGCUCCUCUACUCCAGACUCUAUGAAAGAAGCACAUUCCGUCUCUGAAGACCUGGACAAGGCUGGUGAAGAGAAACAAAAGAAAGGAACACGGCCAGGAUGAGAGCGACAUGAUACGAUACCAUCAGACCUUCAAAGCAUUUCAGCACAGUGGACAUCCACGGUAUAUCUUUCAAUGCACACUGUACACACUAAGUAUGAGAGAGAGAGAGAGAGAGAGAGGUGUGUUUAUAUGGAUGCUAAUGACUCAGAUAACACAGCCUGACCUUUUGUAUUUACUAAUAUUUCCUUUAUCUAUAUAAAACAAUGUUUUAAUAUCCUGCAAAUGUAUUUAUAGAAUUUCAUAUUUAUAACUGAUAUACACAGUAGUUACAGCAUAUUUACCUGUGUGCAAAAUAAACAAAUGAAAAUGUGUAGGUUGCAGUUGUCUAUAUAUAAAUAAAUAACUGCAUCUCUACCUGCUUUGAGUCUAGCAUUUACCAUUGGAUUGUCCCUCAGGGACAAUAAAGAUUUAUUCAAUGGAAUCCCUGUGGCUGAGCCCAGAUAAGAAAGUCUCGGUCAGCUGCAGUCUGAAGUGUUUUGAGAGCAUAGCGACUGGGUUUCCAGACACAGAUGGCACAGGAGGGGUGCGGAGAGGACAGGAGGGCUUCCUCUCAGAGCUAUAAUAGAAUAGCUGGAAGAGAGCCACGGUUGUAGACAGACAAUACUGCGCUUGCAUUCUGUUGUAAUGCCCUCUUUUCACCACACGGUGACAGCACCUAAUCAUCAAUGCUCUUGCUCUCAUUGGAGUUAGGAGUUAAAGCGAGUACACAGGUCUUCUGUUGAUGGCGAGAUACCAUUGGGUGAAGGCUUUUGUUCCAGCCUAGCCAUGAUUCAAUGGAUGAACAAAUAAUGAAAAGCUGGUGGGGUUGUAGGGAGAGAAAGACAUAAAGAUGGAGAUGGAUAGAUAGAUGGCAGGAAGGGUCAACUGGAGGAGAUAGAGAGGCAUACAGAGACGGAUGGAAAUAAAGGGAGAUUCGAAGACGGGUGAAUGCAGCAGCAGGAGUGAAAGAGAGUACAAUAGGGGGACA